AUGGAUAUAUCCGCCCAGACGUUCUUCUACCAUCUACCCAGAGUGUUGGAUGACUUGGCAUCCUGUUGUUUCGUAUCUAUAGACUUUGAAUUCUCUGGCAUCGCCAAAGGCCUCGGACCAUCUGCUAAGAGCAGAAGCACCCUACAGGAGCGCUAUGAAGAAGUCAAGAAUUCCGCUGAUCAAUACCAAAUCCUACAAGUCGGCUUGACUAUCUGCCAUGAGGAUCCAGAGACAGCAACGUACACCUUGAAACCAUAUAAUCUAUACUUGAGCCCAAUCAUCGACCGGAAGCUUGAUUUAGACAGAAAUUGUUCCUUCCAAAGCAGUGCCGUCGAGUUCCUCUUGGAAAACAAGUUUAGCAUGGAAGAUCUGUACAAGAAUGGCGUCACCUACUUGUCGAGAGAUGAGGAAAGUCGAAUAAUGGCCAGAGUCAUGCAAAGAAAUGAACGCACGACAGCGCGCAGUUCUCUGGACGUUGGGGACCAUGAAUAUGAGUCCUUAGCCUUUUUAAAGGAUGUUCGCCGUCUUGUAGAUGAAUGGCUGGCGCUUGGUAAAACCCGGGAGGAUUACCUUAAUAUCCCGCCACCUCUGCCUAUAACUGGACCUGCUCCAUCCAAUCACCCCAAGUCUAUGCCAACGGACCUCAAUAGGUUUCAAAAGAGGCUUGUUCAUCAGCUCAUCGAAGUGGAGUAUCCGUCUUUGGUGACGGUCAGUAGGCCGGGUUUUAUACAGAUAAUCGACUACGACGAACAGCGCGAGAAGGCUGUUCGCGACCAGAGGGUGAAAUGGGUACAAGAAAGGAUCUGGAAACAGACUGGAUUCAGAUGGAUCGCGGAGGCGCUAGCCGGGGGCGAUCUGACCAACCUCGAGCCUUUCUGCUUCAUCAAUUUGAUGUCGUCUUCAAAGGAGAACCCCCAAAGUUCUCUUCAGGACUUCUCGCGGGGGGUGAAGCAGCGGUUGCAGAAGAACAGACCUGUCCUGGUGGGCCAUAACCUCUUCACGGACCUGAUUUACUUUUGUCGGUGCUUCUUCGGGCCUCUCCCGGAACGUGUGGAGGAUUUCCAAGCCAUGGCUCAUAAGAUGUUUCCGGUGUUGAUGGAUACGAAGUAUAUGGCUACACACAACUGUGGCUCCAUAAAUCCUAGGUCUUCCCUGCAGGAAAUCAAUGACAGCCUCGCUGCACAGCCAACACCAGCAAUAAGUAUACACCCCCAAUUUACCAAAUACAACACGCGGGCAAUCGAUCACGAAGCUGGCUUUGAUAGUUUGCUCACUGCUCAGGUUUUCAUUAAACUUUCUGCCCAGCUCCGAGACAGGGGAACGUCGGGGAUUCCGCCAACAGUUCCAGAGACACCUCAACCCAGUGAAAAGUCGAAGGAGCCCACGAAGCAGGUUAUAGGCGACUUCGAGGCUACCGUCAUUCUACCUAGAGGUCCCAAGUCAAACAACGUCCGUAUCAUGUUCGGCUCUAUCGAAGUUGAAAAAGUCGUCCAAGACAACGGCGGCAGUGAUGCUGGCGAGGUAACCAGAAUAUCCUUAACACCCCGCGACUCUCCUGAGACACAGAAGAAAGCCGACGAGGGCCGGUUGAUUCCACGCUUAGGCGCGCAAUUUUGGAACAUUUAUGGAAACAAGCUGCGCGUCUUUGGCACGAAUGAGAGGGUAUGGCCUGCGAUCUCCGAUCCCAGAGUGUGCAGAAGCUGUCAAGAGACGCUUGUCCGCCGCAGUUACGCCACAGCCUCUACACAGGCUUCCUCAGAAACUUCCUCCACCGCCGCAUCAACCUUCCCCGUUGUGAAGCCCACCCAUACCAUCAAGGCCGGGGUGGUCCUCUCCCGCCCCCCUCAAAUCACCCGCGACCUUACCGAUUUCGAGAAGGCGUACUAUUUCUACCAGAAGCGACUGAACGAGCGUCUCCAGCUACCUUUCACGAAAUACUUCUACUUCAAGCGUGGAACGCCCGCCGACGAGGACUGGAAGCGCAAGAUCCGCGAGCGUCAGACCCCCGCACGCGACAUCGGCAAGUACAACCCGUACUCGAAGGAGGCAUGGAACGAUGAACUCCUCGUUGGAGCCGUCGAGUCGGACCCGGCCCACCAGGUGGAAAUGCUUGUGCAGGAUGCGGAGUCGACGGUCAAUGCCACUUCCCAGGAUACUAGCAAGAAGGAAGAGAUUCCGAGACCUUUCCCCCGGGUGACGGAGGCGGACCAGAAGAAUGAUCAGAGAAGCCUCAACCGGGCACUGCAGAGGACUCUUUAUCUCCUUGUGCAGUCCAAGGAGGGAUUCUGGACGUUUCCCAGCUCUCCCAUCGUCGCUGAAGAGACUCUCCGUCAGGCCGCCGAACGUACCCUUGAGCAAGCCGCCGGUGUCAACAUGAACACCUGGAUGGUCGGAUACCACCCCGUGGGACACUACGUCUACAACUUCCGCAACCCGAACAAGCUGGCAACUGGCCCCGCAGGCGAGAAGGUCUUCUUCAUGAAGUCGCGCAUCAUGGCCGGCCAGGCCGAUCUUUCCGGAAACGCUCAGAACCUGACCGACUUCAAGUGGCUGUCGAAGGAUGAGAUUUCCAAGUUCGUGCGGCCGCAGUACUAUGCCAGCAUCAAGAACAUGCUGGCUGAUCGGUAA